UAUAAUUUAAAGCUGGUGGUUCUUCGCGGUACGCUAUUUGGUCGUUGCAUUCGCUUGAUUUUACGUUUGGAAGGAUAAAUAGAAAACUAGUCAAAGCAGUCGCGGAUUUACUUUCAUUUUCGCGAUAUACAAGGUAAACAUUCGACAAGUGGAUGAAGUUUUGUGGUUUGUUGUGACAGUGGUUAGUUUCUCGCAACUUAUAAGUUAUAAUAAUGGCACAAACAAUUAGCAAUAUAAUUAACAGUUAUCAUGACUUGAUGGACAAUAAAAGCGAUCCCAGAGUUAACGAUUGGUUGUUAAUGAGUUCACCUUUUUACACGUUGGGAAUCUGCUUAGGAUACGUAUAUAUAGUAAAAAUAUUAGGACCAAAAUUGAUGGAAAAUAGGAAACCGUACGAGCUGAAGAAAGUUUUGAUUGUUUAUAAUUUAUUUCAGGUUAUAUUUAGUACGUGGCUGUUUUACGAAAGUUGUGUAACUGGUUGGAUGACCACUUACAGCUUCAGGUGUCAACCUGUGGACUAUUCUCUAUCACCUUCAGCAUUACGGACAGCCAGUGGUUGUUGGUGGUACUACAUAUCGAAAUUCACAGAGUUUUUUGAUACGUUUUUCUUCGUACUACGUAAGAAAUACGACCACGUUUCGACUCUUCAUGUAAUUCAUCACGGAAUCAUGCCAAUGUCAGUAUGGUUCGGUGUAAAAUUCACUCCAGGCGGUCAUUCUACUUUCUUCGGGUUUUUGAAUACUUUCGUCCACAUUAUAAUGUAUAGUUAUUAUCUUCUCGCCGCCCUCGGACCCAAAUACCAAAAAUUCUUAUGGUGGAAGAAAUAUUUAACGGCUAUUCAAAUGGUCCAAUUUGUUUUGGUGAUGCUUCACGCCUUCCAAUUAUUAUUUAUUGAUUGCAAUUAUCCAAAAGCGUUCGUCUGGUGGAUUGGAAUGCAUGCCGUUAUGUUUUAUUUCUUGUUCUCCAACUUUUAUAAAGAAACUUACAACAAAAAGAAGGCCAAAGCCGAGGCGUUGGCGAAAGAAAGAAACGGCGAUACUAGUAAAUCAAAAGUGGGUAUAUGUUUUACCACCCAAGAAGCUCUCUACGAUCAUACCAAUGCAAUAAACGGUAUGAAACCCAUGACGAACGGUUAUACGACGAAUAAAGAUGGCGAUUUAAGAAAUAGAGCGUUCUUACAAAAGAACGACAAAAUGUAAUAUCAUUUUAGUUGUUACAAAAAUGGUUAUCAUCGUUAUUAUCAUCACAAGGUGUUCAGGGUGUUUGUGUACGAGGCAUUUAUUGUAUUAAUAUUUAUAACGAUUACAAACUUGCCUCUGUUUGUUUAUAUAUUUAAUUAAUUGUAGAUUUUUUAUAUAUUGUUCAUUGUGAUGGAUUAAUACCAACUGUUUUAUGAAAUACGAGUCUAAAAAAAAAAUAAAAUUUAUCAAAAGUAGCUUUGAAAAUAUACAUCGGUAUAUAAUACUAAUACCGCACGUGCUACAUCGUGUAAAAUAAAUUAUAUAAGGUGAUUUGUAAAUAUUUGUAAUUUUUAUUUGUAUAUUUAUAUAUUUUUUGUUAAACGUCUCAAAUCAACUUACGUUUGACAAGAAUUAUUUGUAGAAUUACUUUUUUGAGUAAACUUCAUUUUAAUACAUGUAA